AUGAGGAGAGUGACCUAUUUGGGUGAGGAAUGUGGUGAUGAUAUGGUCUUAACCACGGGCCGUCGUGCACGAGACUACCAAGAUGCGAGAGCACUUGAAGUGUGGGCAGUGGGCAGUGGGCAGUGGGCAGUGGGCGGUGGGGGUGAUGAUGAUGAUGAUGAUGAUGACGAUGAUGAUGGUGGUUGGUUGGUUGGUUGGUGGCGGCGAUUGCAGCAAGGUGAUUGUCGGAAUGAGAGGAAAGUGGGAUCGCGUGGCAAGGAUGAUUGA